AUGUUUUACUCGAGGGGGAGAAUACGACACCUCAAUAGGUGUCUGCUUAUUAGAAGCCUUAAGAAUGGAAUAGUUAUCCAGGUAAAAAACGAAUCGACGAUGCCGGCAAGCAAGUCGAACCAAAAUUUUUUUGACAAUACCAAGUUUUUGUCAAAAGCACUAAAAUUCAUACAAGUUCCAAAUGAAACUAAACAAGAGCUUGAUAUAUUUGCACGAGGAGACUAUAAAAAGUUUCAUAAAUAUUGCGAAUAUUUGGUAACGAAUCAGCGUGUAUUGCCAACAAAGACCAGGUAUACGUCGAUUAAACGGCUCAAUGAUAUGAUGGAAGAAAACCGGGUUAAGCGGGCAAUUGAGCUAGUGUAUGGUAGUUUCAAACAAGGUAUCUUCUUAACAGACCCAGAAUUCCAAAGCUUGUUUGUUCAGUUGUUGCCAUUUAAGUGGUAUGCCUAUAGAUUAUUGACAAUUUAUGAAAAUAGAAUCGAUUUUAAAAAAUUCAGCAGUGAAGCAUUAUCUCUAUUUAUGAAAACAGCACAUUCCAAUUUUGACUAUAGAAUUUUUGAUAACUUAUUCCAAUUAUACCAACUCAAAAAUGACACUCUCCCAGUUGAAAUUGUGAUGAUAGCUAUUCAAGUUUAUCUAAAAACUGAAAAUAUAGAGUUUGCCCGGCAAAUAUUUCAUCAGCAAGUGAUGACUGAAUCCAAAUUGCCUAAUAGAAUAUUAGACUUGUACAUAUCGAACCUCUACAAUAAGACACAUAAUACCAAUUUAUGCUGUGCGGAAUAUAAACUUUGGUUGUCGAGAGGUCUAAACACUAAUAUAUCCAUUGAUUCGUUUAUGCAUAACCUAAUCUAUGAAUCUGGCGAUCAAGAAGAAAUUGAAUGGAUCGAGAAAUCAUUAAAAGAUAGAGGGUUAUAUAAUAAAUUUGCCAUCCAGUUUGGUAAGAAAUGUAACGAAAUAUCCAAAAACCAUUCAAGAUAUAAAGAAUUCUUUGAGUCUGGUGAAGUAGAAGCAUAUUUACGACUUGCAAAGGAGGAAGGUGAAACGUCGUUGCUCAAUAAUAAUCUAACAUACUUGCACUUGCGCCAUCGAAAUUAUAAAUCUGCGAUGCACACCUUUCUGGAAGUAGACAAUAGAAAAGACAUGCAACUAUCCGUAUUUUCUAUACUGAGACACUUUGAGAAAGAGGAGAAUCCUAAUAUGGUCUUUGAGAUACUGAAGAAUUUGAAGAUUGGUGCCGACUACAAGAUCCAUUGGUCUCACAUAAUAGUUUAUUGGCGAACCAUGAUAAAGAAAUAUCCACAUCUAGCUCACCAUAUACACAAGAAUUUUAAAAAAAGUUCCAAAAAGUCGAAAUACCAUAGGUAUGGGUUUCUGAGUAAAAUGUUAGACAUUAAACUGCAGGCUUCAAAUAGUGAAACGUUAGAGAGUAGGUUUUACCCAACGAUUAAACAGGCUCAGCUGACUUCUGAAUUCAAACCACUUCCAGCAGCACCUAAACUUCAAAAUAUUGAAUCGAGAUUGAAAAAGGGAAUAAUACCCAAUAACGAACUGUUACGUAAAAGUAUCAAAUUAACAAAUAAGAAUACUGAAUUUGGAAGACUAGUGGAAAUUGCAUAUGAUGUUAAUAAGCAAAGGUGCAAAAGUUCUACCUCGAGUCUACCUAGUGUUAGAUUGAAUAUAGCCAUUUUUUACAAAGAUUUUGAGCUGAAAAACGUGUAUGGCAAUAAAACGAUUGUUGAGGAAUUUGUUUUGGAACAAAUUGAAUUGAUCAAAAGUAUGGAAUUUGUGGACUCGGAGGACUUGAUUCAAUUAUUUCGAAUGUGUGUCAAGCACGACUUAUACAGCUAUUCAUUUGAUGUUCUUGAAUUGUUUGAAUUGUAUCAGGUUCGAAUAACAAAUAACCAACAAAUUCUUAAAUUCUUGUCAAUGUUUAUAAAAUGGUGUUGGAGAAACAAACAUUUUGAAGAGCUCGUCCUGACUAUCAACUGGCUUGAAACUCAAGAAAACCUUGCCACGGAUAAAUUUUUCUUGAGUAACUUGAAGGAGGAAGCAAUCAAAAUUACCAACAGACUACAUGAAGAAGUACACAAUUCUACAGAAGAGAAUAGUAGCGAUGAGAAGAAUAUGACAGCAUUGGAAAAUGAAAACGCUUUUUUGACUGAAGUAUUGCCUCGUCUUUUUGUUUAUUACAAUAGCAAAAUAGAUGGAAUUGAUGAGAAGAAUGAAGUUUUGAAUAAACAAAUCAUUCUGAAUUCAAAGGAGUGCUUUGAUAGCCUAUUCCGCUGGGUUGACCAUGAUACCGAAUUAAUGUUUGAAGGGGAGUGGUAA